CUCAGACAGAUCACACACAAGCCACGGGUGACACUCUACACACCCCCUUCCCAUCCUGUUCACUGCUAGGCCUGUGGUCAAGAUGAAGGUUUUAAUGGGUCCAGAUCCUUCUCAGAUUUAUCGGCCUGAUGGGGGCAAAAAUAAAGAGGACUUCCGAAACUACACUUCAGGACCCCUCCUGGAUCGAGUCUACACCACCUACAAGCUCAUGCACACGCACCAGACCGUGGACUUUGUCAGGAGGAAGCACGAGGAGUUUGGUGCAUUCUCCUACAAAAAGAUGAGUGUGAUGGAGGCCGUGGAGCUGCUGGACGGGCUGGUGGAUGAGUCUGACCCCGACGUGGACUUUCCCAAUUCAUUCCAUGCAUUUCAGACGGCUGAGGGCAUCCGGAAGGCUCACCCUGACAAGGACUGGUUCCACCUCGUGGGGUUGCUGCAUGAUCUGGGGAAGAUCCUUGUCAUGGCUGGGGAGCCUCAGUGGUCAGUUGUUGGAGACACCUUCCCUGUUGGCUGCCACCCCCAAAAAUCCGUUGUCUUUUGGGAUUCAACUUUUCAGGAUAAUCCUGACACCAAGGACCCUCGAUACUGCACUGAUUAUGGAAUGUAUGAGCCCCACUGUGGCCUGGAGAACGUACUGAUGUCCUGGGGCCAUGAUGAGUACAUGUAUCGAAUGAUGAAGUUCAACAAAUUCUCCCUGCCUCCGGAGGCCUUCUACAUGAUCCGUUUCCAUUCCUUCUACCCUUGGCACACCGGUGGCGACUAUCGGCACCUCUGCUGCCCCCAUGACCUCAGCAUGCUGCCCUGGGUGCAAGAAUUCAACAAGUUUGAUCUCUACACCAAGUCAGAGGACCUGCCAGAUGUGUCCAUGCUUCGGCCAUACUACCAGGGCCUCAUUGACAAGUAUUGCCCCGGGGUCCUUUGCUGGUAACGGCCUCUGCUCUGGUCUGAGCCAGCUUCUUGGCCCUCAUACAGCCGGUCAGACUCACUUGCCUCACCAGGGGCAGCCAGCCCCCUCCCUUGUACACACCAACCUGUCCACAGGCCCCUUUCUCCCCCUUCCUAUGAGCUGGGGAUUAUCAGCCCAGAGACCACCCCGAGCCACUGGCCACCCCCUUAGCUGACCUCUCCAUCCCACUAGCAGCAGCAUCCAUGUCUUCAUUAUCUCCAUACCUCAUUGCCAACUCCAUCCCCGUUACAUCAUCAUUGCCAGUCAGCAGGUGCCCAUCACUUUCCUGCUUACCAUUCUCACCAUCAUUUGCAGCCGUCUGCACCACAUGCUCUGGGGGUCCCUGGGCACUGCUCAUCUCUCCAACCACACCCGCAGAUUCUUAACACUCCUGCCGAGAAAUAAAGACCGUACAGAACCCUG